AUGCCCACCGUCCUCGGCCUCACCAACGACUCCCGAACCGCCCCCGCAGCCCCCGGCACAUCCAACAACAAGAUGGGCGGCGGCGAGAACAGCAACAAGAAGCACGACCGGCUCAACACCAUCAGCAAGCGCAACCACGCGGCCGCGCACGAGGUCGAGACGCUGCUGUGGCGCGCCCUGUGCGACUCGCCCGAGGCCGCCAAGGAGUACAUGGCCGAGGACUGCAUCAUGAUCAACCCGCUGUUUGCGCCCGGAGGGUCGACCGAGCCCAUGGGCAAGGACACCGACCCCUCGGUCGAGGACGUGCUAGCCGGCGGUGAGCCCUGGGCCGGCUUCCGCUUCCACGGCGAGCCGCUCGUCGUCGAGAUCGACCUUAUGGCGGUCGCGCUCGUGUACAAAGUCAGUCUGUUCCGGCAGUCGAGCAAGAAGAAUGGCGGCAUGCGCGAGAUUGUGGCUAGUGUGAGCAGUGCGUGGCGCCAGACGGCGGGCGCGGAUUGGUUGUUGUGCGCGCAGCAUGUGGCGUAUGCGGAUGACGAUGAGUGAUUUGUUUUGCUUUACUGUUUUUGCGAAUUUAGGUCGGUUUUUAUUUUCGUAGAAGGAUCGAGAGAUGGAACUUACGUGUGUCUGUGCCGUGUGAAGACUAAGGGGAUACUUUCUUUUGGGUUUGCCGGACGCCAUGGCAUUGGUGUUGCUAUGUACCUGUUGAGUAUUUGAGAAUUUAAAUUCUUGUCCGUUUACUUAGUUCUCUAGCUUUUAAGAAAUACUUUGCC